CCAUUUUUAUAGGCAUUCACUCUUAAGCAGCGGUUCAUUUGUCCGAUAUGCGACAGUAGCAGUGGAGACCUAGAUCGUUCCCUGGGUGAUGAAAUGCGUCAUCACUUUGUUAAACUCCAUCACCUUUUGUGGAAUUUAAUCCUCGGUUUUUCAAAACUAGUUGCUUCCGAUGUUUUUUUGGGUCCAUGCAAAAAGAGUCGUCAAGUAUCACGAACGAUGAAUCCAAUUUACGUUUUGUUGCGUUUAAUUUUUAUCACAUGUACACUUCUUCUUAGGGUUGUGUUUGGGGCAAUCUGUUUCCCCUUUUUACUUGUCAUCUCGAUAUUAAAAAUAUUGUGGUAUUCACCGCAGCAUACUUUGCGGUCUCUUAGAACCUUCAGACACAAUGACGACGACGUUGAUGACGACGAAAACGUUUCCGCUCUAUUUAAAGUUUCUAUCGGUAUCGCUAAACCUCUGUUUAAACUCUGGCUACUUUUAUCCUUCUAUGUGACAAUACUGUUUGUGAAUAACCUGUCUUGCGCUUUUGUUAACAAAGCUUUAGGAUAUACAAUCGCUGGAUUAGUUCUUAACGAGGACGUUAUAACACCUUAUGUAGCUUUCUUCCUCGUAGUUACAACAAAUAUGUAUCUAUGUUAUGCUAAUAUGCAGCAGAAAUACAAGGAGGUCAAGGAAAUGAUCUUAAAAUGGCAAAAAGAAUUAAGCAUAAAUAGCAGCGAUCCCGAGGGUACAAUCCGAACAAAGUUAUUUUGGUUCGUCUGUGACAGGGUUUUGCCAAUUAAAUCUGAAAUUUGUCUGAUGUUACGCAAUAUGGUUUUGAUUUUAACUUUUUUGUUUUUUGUGGUAUAUUCAAUUGUUGUCUUUGGAAAGGAAAAUAAUACUUCGGCUAUUUUCUCGACCAUCUAUGUGUUUGUAGGUGGACUAAUCCCAGUACUGGUUUUGAAAGGACGGACAAAGGGGAAUAAAUUCAUAGGUUGGGCAAAAAUAAAAAUAGAACGAGACAUAGAGAGAGCGGUCAAAGAGUAUAAUAGAGACAGCACAGCCAUUGAGUUGGGACCAUAUAGUACAAAGAGUGAUGAUACGAUAGUGAAUUAUGGAUUCAGGCCAAUUUUGCAUAAUCAGUAUAUAUAAACCUAAGUAACAAUAACACAUUCGUGUAGGAAAAUGUUUCUUAAUUCUGUAGGAUAAAAUAUUGUAUAAUUUUGCAUUAUUGUAAUAAAGAUUAGAAAUCUGGCACAGGAGUAUUAUCUGGGGGUCUCCAAUAGGCUUUUCAGGAUCUGGAACUUGGCUUAUUUGAAGGCGGGGGUUACGGGAUCUUGCAGAAAAGGAGGCAAAGCUCUGCUUUGAAAUUAUGAGAAGGGGACAAGGGCUUUGUUGAUUUUGUGAAACGGAAUCGAAAACUCUCAACGGCUUUAAAGAAAAUUAAGCGAGAUUCGAAAAGCCUAAGAAAGAAUAGUGUACGUAAAUCAGACUGUCGCCUAAAUAAACAACUUAUCUACGAACACUUUAAGACGUCAUGCCGUGCCCUUAGGACCCGCUAAUCAGAAGAGAUUGCCAUAAUGAUGCUUAGCUCGUCGUGAAACUGAAUAGUUUAAUAUCAAGUAACGCAACUUGCUUAGGGAAAUAGUCAUGCGAAUUUGUAACGUGACUCAGAAAAAUGUGAUGUAAACACAGGGAACGAAUGAGGCACUGAGUUAAUAAGAUUGAUUUUCCGAGAUGUAAGAUAAAAGAUUAUUGUAUAACCGAAACAUUACCCAAAAGCGAGCAAAAGAACAUUUAGAUCAGAUUGCAGAUUGUAGAUUGUUGACUUAUAGAACGAACUGUAUGAGCGUCAGAAGAAGUGUUGGGAAUAAAAGAAAUACGUAGUUCAACGUUACAGUUUUUACUGAGUGGAAACUUCCGAACUCGCUAAACGGGUCUUAAGAAGGACCGGUUGGGAGGGUGGGAAGGAAUAGAUCAGUUGUCAGCAUAAAAUGUUGUUGAGGAUGAAAGAUAUUUUGUUGGUUAAAAUGUCGGACCUUUUGUCAUUUGGCAGUUAAUUAAUUACAUCCAGACUUUAAUAACAUUCAACUUACAAGCACCUGACCAGAACUAUGUCCUCAAACAUAAUUGAAGCUUGUAGCUAUACCCGCGGAGGGCGGGGUGGUACUCCCUUAUAUGGGCUACAGAGGUAUGUGCGGCCCCAAACGGUAGGGUUUUUCAGCCGUUUUGGCCAUAAAUAGGGUAUCGAUUUUGGCCAUUUUUGUUAUAACUAGGGUGUG